AUGUUUAAUCAAACUGAAGUAAAACACGAAGUUGGUGAGACGACUUGCAAUGAAGUAAAACAAGAAAUUGGUGAUGUGGCUUGCAAAAGAGAAAUAGAUAACAAAGUAGAUGAAGUUCUACAGGAUAGUUUUAAAAUUGAAAUUAAGGAGGAACCUACCAGGAAAAGUACAAAUGAUACAUGUGAUUAUUUAGAUGUAAAGAAAUGUCUUAAAGCUGAAUUCAAACAAGAUGAUGGUAAGUAA